GCGGAGGAGGCUGAGAGGGAGUUCUACCAAAAGGAAAUGAGCGUUGAGCGUAGGGAAAAAAAAUCUGCAUUCCUCUCCCUCUAUUUUUUUCCACUCUGAAAAAGAAGGAGUGAGGGAAAACUAGUGGGAGAGGCCGAAGGAAAGGGUGAGGGCCACGAGAGGGAAAAAUCAGAAAACCGUUUCAGGAAGAGUGAAACGUGCGAUUGUUUUGGUGCUCCUGGAGUUUUAAGAGAACAUCUUAAGCCCUGGCCCUGGCACCAGCAGGCUUCCUUCUCCACACACACAGCGUCCAGCACACAUGUUGUGAUAGGCCACGGACCCACCAAUCAAAUCACAGGCGAUCUUUUCAAUGACCCGAUCGCCGUGGCCUUGUGAGACGAGGACAAGAUGGCGUUCCUGUUGAUGUUCAUCACUCUGCUUCACCUGAUCACUCUGGCCAUGCUCUUCAUCGCCACAAUGGAGAAGUCAUGGUGGGUUUGGGACAGCACGAAGAAUUCCGACCUCUGGUACAACUGCAUGUACGACAACGCCACGGAGACCUGGCUGUGUGCCUCCACCAAGGAGACCGAGUGGCUGCAGGCGGUCCAGGCUCUGAUGGUGCUGGCCGUGGUGUUCUCCUCCAUCUCCUUCCUGGUGUUCCUCGGCCAGCUCUUCACCAUGUCUAAAGGAGGGCUCUUCUACGUCACCGGCCUCUGCCAGAUCUUCGCAGGUCUCACUGCCUUCACCGCCACCAUCAUCUACACCCUGCACCACGCGGACAUCCUGGGCACGUCUCCGGACCCCAGCCGGGGACACUACGGGUACUGCUUCAUCCUGGCCUGGGUGUGCGUGCCCCUGCUGCUGUGCAGCGGCGUGAUGUACGUGCACCUGCGCAAGAGGGAGUGACGCGGCGAGCCAGGGACCGGAGCGCCCCCCCUGCGCUGUCCUCCUGGCCGCGGGAGAGCGGUGCCGUCUCUCUGUGUUCCCGUCUGUAGCUGAUCUAUGUUGGGCGUUCUGGGUGGAGAUUCGGGUGGAACCGUGCUUACUUGCCCGGUGGCAAGAAGAACUGUGUACAGAAAUGAGAACUCACUUGUUCGACCCUCUGUGCUAUUUUGGUGUAGUGGAUUGCUUAUUGUAUAUACUGUACUGCAUCUAAAGUUUGUUUGGGGAUGGGGGGGGGGGGGGAG